GAUUUCAUUCAUUCUUAAGUUCUUUUUGAUUGAAAAAUGUUUGCGGAGUGAACAUGGUGCAAUAUUUAUAAAAAAUUAAAAAUAAAUUAUUCAUUAUUAAACUAUAAAAUCAGGAUUAUAGUAGGUUAUACUUAUUAACAAUAUUUUGCAAGAAGGUAGUAAAAUUAAUUAAAUAUGGAUGAAUAUACAAGAGAACCAUGCCCUUGGCGUAUCCUCGACGAUUCAGGUGGUGCUUUCAUCAUGGGAGCCAUAGGUGGUGGUAUAUUUCACUCGAUAAAAGGUUUCAGAAAUGCUCCAGUCGGAUUCAAUAGAAAAAUGCUUGGUAGUUUAGCAGCUAUAAAAGAGCGAUCACCAGUUGUAGCAGGAAAUUUUGCAGUCUGGGGUGGUAUGUUUUCCACAAUUGAUUGCUCACUAGUGUACCUGAGACAAAAAGAGGAUCCAUGGAACUCAAUAAUGAGUGGAGCUCUCACUGGUGGCAUUUUGGCCGCCCGAAAUGGUGUACCAGCAAUGGCAGGGAGUGCUUUAGUAGGCGGUAUACUCCUAGCUCUUAUCGAAGGAAUUGGCAUCAUGUUCACACGGCUUACAGCCGAACAGUACCAGCCCCAACAGCCCAUAUUCGAGGAUCCCUCUGUAUUAGGACAGAGUCAAAGCCAAAAUCCUUCUUUCCAGUAAUAUAAGUAAGCUAGUAAUGUUAUAUUGUACAGUUUUAAACUUAAUAACUUGCACACAUGUCUGUGUUUUCAAUAAAAUUCAUAACUGAAAUAAGAUUUUAAAAUAACUAGCUACAUAAUAAGAUUUUAAAAUAAGAUAUACACAAUUCUGUGUCUAAUGAGACAUAGAGUUGUGUAAACUUUAAAUAAAUUCUCAGUUUAAUAAUUUGUGUACAUAAAUUUAAAGCCUGCAAUUUACUGUUUUGUUUAGUUAAAGAUAAUUAUUUGUUAUACAAAUGUUUAACGUCAAAACAUGUUAAUUACUUCCAAUGCUUGACGAUUAACAUUAAGCACAUUUAAAAGAAGCAAACAAUCAUAUAAAAUUUAAUUGUUGUUUUAAAUCCUUAUUUAAAAUUGUACAAUAUGGCACCAGAGCCUUGGAAAUGUAACACAUUUCUAACAAAUGACAAACAAAUUAUAUGAUUCCUUGAAGUUUGUUUUAAGUGAAUUAUUUGCACCUGUGAUAUUUUCAGUUCCCUUCUGAUUGCUUAUACUUCACUUCACAACAUAAUUGUUCCUUUUGAAAAAUACAAACUCAUUAUUUAUUUUUGUUUUCAAUGUGUAAACAAUACAGGAUUAAAAUAAAUUUAAUUGUGAAUAUUUGAUAAGUUAUUAUCUGCAAUCAUCACUCUCAGUAUUUAUUUGUUGCCAUAUAGCUGAGAGUGAUUUUGAUGUGCAACUUCAGAAUUGGUCAAUCAAUGGAAACCUGCUUUUUCCGUCUUCCGAUUGUUCUUGCCUCGCUGGAGUUGCACUAAUUGGUCUGAUAUUUUUUCUGCAGGUAAUAAUUUAUGUACAAUGUUCUUUUUCUAAAUAUAGAAUCUAUUUAGGAAAUAAAGAUUUUUUUAACAUA